AUGAAGCGAAAUUACGUGUUAGUGCUGUUGUUGUUGGUGCUAGGAGUGGUGCCGAAACUGUGCGAAGGAAAACACGCUUUGGUGUGCCGAGUGAGCGAUCCGUCCGUGCUGAACGGGUGCGAUAUACGUCAGAACUGUUGGCUUGAAGUGUAUCCAGUGGAGACGGCUCAGAGUUUGUUUGGCGUGUUUCAUACGUCUGGCACUCAUAAUAAGCUGUUCGCACUCUACGGUGGACCGAACUCGUGUGGGUAUUUCGGGAAUCUAAUCAAUACCUGCAAGGGAAGACAAACGCUGGUGGAAACGGUGAAGAUACAACUGCAGAAAAGUAGUUUUCGUGGAGUGGAAUUGCAGUGCGAUCCGGUGCAGUCCCAGCUGAAUCAGCAAGACUACUCAGACUUCAUUACCUUGCUGCGGAAGGAAAUUGGAGGAGGAUAUAUUAUUUCAGUUUUCAUACAGAGUGUCAACAUCGAAACAUGCGUGGUAAAUGUGCUGAACAACGUGGUCGAUUUGGUCAGUGUGCCGUUCGACGGUUGUGAAAUGCAAGUUUCCGUAGUUCAAAAUCUGAUUGCGCAUGGUUUGAAUCGACAGAAGAUCCUACUGGAUGUUCCACUUCCUGCUGUAGUGAAAUGUCCGUUGGACAGUGGACCGAAAAAUUUGUUUUCAUUGGUUGAACAAGUGGUCAAUGGGAUCCGCAGCCAGGAUUUACUGGGUGCCACACUGCAGGUUGACCGGGACGACACGGCGGGGGUCUGUGCCAAAGGUCGAUUCCCGUUAUUCAAGCAUUUGAAUAUUCUGUUGAAGUCGUGUGGAGCUAGCGUAGUGCACCCAGCUGUCAGCACGACCGGUGGAAGUGGUUCGUGCAACUUCAAAGGCUACGUUCGCGACACAAGGGAUUGUUCCAGCUUCUACUCCUGCAAUAAUGGAGUGCAACAUCAGUUUCAAUGUCCUCAAGGGUUGGCUUUCGAUACGUGCAGCAGUACUUGUAAACCGGUCCUGCAAGUAAAAUGCGACGAUAACUCGUGUACAUUAACUGGGGCUGUGAAUGGCGGUUGCAAUCACGUCCCUUUCCCCAUUCCAUAUCCAUUCCCUUUUCCGUGGGGGCAAUACAAUAAUGGAAGCAAUCAUAGUGAACCGUGCCUUAAUAUUACCACUAUACAGUACAUAAAUAAUCAGACAUCAGAAUUCAUAAAAUUGUUGGAAAGAACGAAUAUUGAUGGCAUAAUUGGUGUCGUGAACGAAUUGACAGGACCAUUGCAAGAUGUGUUGGGAAAAAUUUUAGGUGGACUCGAAAUUCUUUUGAAAAAGCUGUUAUUUGCUGAAACUGCAAUUGGUGGCACCAUGGGACAAAUGGACGAAAUGAAUCGUAAAAUGAAUCUUCUAGAGGAGCUCUUAAUAAGAUUGUUGCAAAUAUUUAAAGAUGUACUAGGUAUAAAUCCGGGAGUACUGACGGGACUUCUGGGAGGUGGAGAUACAGGAGCAAUUUCCGGACUAACGGGAGGGGGAACAGGUGGUGUAGGUGACUCAACUGCCGUAGCUGGUGCCGUAGCUGGUGCCGUAUCUGGUGCCGUUGGUGCAGGAGCUGGUGCAGGAGCUACCUCAGCCGUUGGUGCAGGGCCUGGUGCAGGGUCUGGUGCAGUAGCUGGUGCAGUAGCUGGUGCAGGAGCUACCUCAGGCGUUGGUGCAGGAGCUACCUCACUCAUUGGUUGA